GGAUAGAUAGAUAGAAUUUAUUUAUGUACACUUUGUUGUAUGUUAAAGAAUAGUAACAAAACUGACGAUGCAGCAUUAUAUAGCAGAUAUUGGUUAACAGAACAGUGAUAAGUGGUAAGUCAAUGUUUAGUAACAUUGAUUUUGAAGUAAUUCCUUGCGGUCAAAGUCACAAUGUGAUCGGCAGUUUUUGAAGAUCACAAAUUUCAAGAUCAUCCGCAAAUGCCAGACGGGAGACUUCAGGCUCAAGGCAAUAUGAUAUAUCUAUCUCCAACGUAGAGAACGGUCGGAAAGGGACCGAGAACAGAGCCCUGAGGAAUUCCGGUAUUGAGCGACCGGCCCUAUAACUACCUGCUACCUUCCAGAGAGGUUGAAGGCCGUAAAAGAGACUCGUCUUCGUAAGCAUAACAGAAUCCAACAACACAAAAUUCAAACGGGCAACGUAACCGAGAACGUAAUAGAAUCGGCCGAAAAAGAAGCCGUCGACGAAUCAUCGUCACUGUGUGUACUUCCAUAUGUAACUUUAUACAUUAGUUUUCGCGAUGGUUAUAUUAUGGCGUAGAUAUAAAACUCAAUCAAUCAAUUAAUUAUUUAAUCGUUUAAGGCCUCAAAAGUUUGAGUCUGGCCAAUUGAAAUUCACCUAUUAACCACUUCGUCGCACAUUGUUGCGGCAUUUGGUCCAAUUACGGUAGAACCACGAUUCUCUGAACCACGACUUGACUUGUCCUAACGUUCAAUUAUCCUAACGUUGGUUCGCAUCAUACAGUGUUCGCGCGAAAUAUAGAUUUAGAUCCGCUUGUACGUUGAUUCUACCGACAGUUUUUAUUUGCUUCCUGUAGCGCGCACAGAGAAAUAAGAAUUAUUGCGAUUUUUUGAUUUUUUUACUUUCUAAAAAACGAGUAGUAGCUGUUCGUAAAUUAACGACGCACGAUUGUAUGAAACAAAAGUAACAAAAUAAGCGUUCGGUGUUAGAUGUUCAGAAUAGACUGUUUGUCGAUUUAAAUUUAUAUUGUAUAUAUUAUUAUCCCUUGGGAUAAAAAUUGUGUUUCAGUUAAAUCCGAAUUAGAAUCGGUCACGAUUAAGGCCAUGUAGUAGUCCUACCUUUACCGACCGAGCAGACUAAAGAAAUAAACUAAUUAACGGAAAGGGUUUGAAUUUCGGACAUGCGUCGCUCUUUCGUAGCGGGGUCCAGGAAAAGAACUCAUAACACGAAAAUCGUUAAAAAAUGUAGGGUUUAUUUUAGCGCUGUCCAGUAAUAUUAGUCUUCAUCCUCAAUGGACUUUUUUUUCUUGUCACGGCUUCCGCAGUUAAUUGCUAUAUUCAUCGCCACAAUCGUGGCUACCUGUUGCCUUCGAUAAUACGAAAGUUCUUUUUUUUUUUUGUCGUUCAUUUUAAGUGAUUAACGCAAAUCGGAUGGAAGAGAAAAACCAAUGAAUUUCAUCCAUCCACAUGCGAUUCAAUAUGACACGUGCGAAGGCUUCACCCUCUCUUCGUGGUGCGAUUCGAAAUGAAAACGGUGGGCAAUUAAUAGCCUUCGCGUACCUACGUGCCGACGACAUUCCGUUGACACUUUUUCUCCAUAGGCAUCUGCAUCGUCGAUCCGCCAUAAUUUCCUGUGGCGCGUGCCGAAAAUAGACAACGACCCUCUGAGGUCUCGUACCACGCGGGGGGCGCCGUUCAUGCAUUGCGGACUGCGGGACGGAACUGUGAACCAUGGGCGGGGGUGCAGCUGGACCGACGAUCAGGAUGGCGUCGACGGGAACUCACGGAGCCGGGGGUGUCGCUUGUUGCUUUUGCCGAUGCUGCACAUGCAUACACAUCGAAUUCUUGAAGACUUUACCGGGCAUGGUGAAAGUGGCCGAGGCGGUUAUCAGCAGCUUGAUACAAUAUUUGUUGAUUAAUUACGGCCUGAGGUACAGUGCGACAAUUGGUUCGGCGUACGAAAGUGCCUUGACGACUUGUUCCGCCUGCUUUCUGAACUCGGCGGUACUUCUGGCCUGUUACAUCGUUUCCGAAAAAUCGUACAGACUGAUACGCUCGUCCCUCUUCGAGCUGAUGUUUAACGCCCUCGCAUCCUUUCUCUACUUGAGCUCAGCCUCGUACUUGGCAUUUGCUACCAAGAUGUUCCUCUGGGGACAAUAUCUCCUCACACCUGGAUUUGACGUCUAUCCAGCAAUGAGCGCCGCCUACAUGCUUUGCGGGGUAGUCGGCGUCCUGCACGGUGUGGAUGCCUACUAUUCGUACAAACACUACACUGGUAGUUGGUAGCGAGGAGCCUGAUUUCAGCGGUAACAAAUUUUUCCAAUUACACUUACGUGAAAUCAUGCCUGGACAUAAAUUAUUAAUACGUAAACGUUAAUCGAGCUCUCGUAUUAUAUCUAGUCACAAGAAUGAGAUUCUUUUGAGCUUUGGCGAUUAGUCCGCACUCGAAAAUCAGGAAAUUAACAUAUAAUGUAUUAUAGAAAUAACUACGUCUUAAUCAUUCCUAAAGGAUGCAAUUUAUCAAGUUUAUGAGAAUCAUUGCGACGUUUGAUCCAUGGAGGAAGUAUGUAUAAUAUUUAUUCCUUUUCCUCCUCUACCAGUGGAACGUUAAUUUGUGUCGUCAGUCUGGUAAUUUCAAUGAUUGAAAACCACGAUCAAAUCGCAUGAUUCCAACAUCGUUUCUCCUUGUAAUGAUAAUUUUACCAAACA